AUAAAAAAAAUAUAUCACUUCAUCGGACAUGACAACCAAAAUUAUUUCCUUUUUGUUUUGAAAAAAAUAAUAUACACAAGUUUUUUGAGGCCCAGAUUCAAGAUUGUAUAUUAAAAAUCUAAAUAAUUUUAAUAAUGGAAACUGUUCCAAAUAGCUCAGCAGUGCAAGUUCAAAGAAUUAUAAAUAAUGCUGAAGAAUUUAAAACCACUCGUAAUGAUCUGAACAGUUGGGUAAAAGAAGUCAAAGACAAAGAGCAUAAGUUAAGUGUUGAAAAGGACCCUGAGCACAUCAAAUCUCCGCCAAUCCGAAGUCAAAUUCCCAAAAAUGAAAUGAUAAUACCGAAAACAGAUGAAAAUGUCAUCACAGAAAAACAACAAAAAAUCGAAGCUGAUGGGGACCGAGAAGAAAGAAGAAAUCAAGCAGAUGUAUUUAAUGAUAUUGGAAACAAACAUGUAAAGCUUCAAGAGUAUAGAAAGGCAAUAUUACAAUACACAACGGCUAUUGAUACAUACAGCGAAGAUCCAAGAUAUUUCACAAAUCGGGCACUCUGCUUCUUAAAACUUAAAAGAUAUAAUGAAUGUAUUGAUGAUUGUAACCGUGCAAUAGAACUUGAUAAACUAAACAUCAAGGCUUAUUACCGCCGUAUGCAAGCUAAUGAGUUUUUAAAUUUUAAUACGCAGGCACUUAAGGAUUGUACAACUGUACUAAUGAUUGAUUCAAAAAAUCAAGAUGCUAAAAAGAGUUUGCAGAGAAUUAAUCAAAGACUGAAAAAUACUGGUGCUGUUCCAAAAGGAUAUCCCACAAAUGAACCCAUAAGUUUCAAGGAAGGGCCAAACUUUAGUCCUUUACGAAGCAAUAUGGUAGACAUUUUACCUGUCAAUAAACCUUCAUAUGCUAGAUCAAAGAAACAACUAAAAUCUAUACCAAUUAUUGAUGUCGUUGGACCUAAAGAUGGGAAAAAUUAUGAAAAUUCAAAUAUACAAAUAUCCGAUGAAGUAAUUGAUAAACUUUUCAAUGGUGAAUGUGGCUCUUAUGAGGAAGUAAAAAAAACUGAUACGAUUAUAGAAAAAGACUGUAAUAAGAUUCCGCAAGAAAAAAUUAUAAGGCAAACAUCGAAGAGAGACAAACUUGAAGCCGAAAUAAUAACUUCAGUAACGAAAGAUAAACCUCUUCCUCCUGCACCAACAUCAACGGCUCAAUUUUAUUGUAAUUGGAAGGAAUUAUCUGCAGAGCAGAAAUACCAGUAUUUAAAGUCCAUCCAAAUACCGCGUCUUAAUAAAAUUUUGGGAGCUGGAUUCGAUUCAGAAACUCUUACAAGUUUGCUUACUAUUUUCAAAGAGUUCUACGUACGCAAUAAUGAUGAUUUGUGCGAAACUCUUUUAGAGCUUUGCAAACAUAAUAGAUUGAAAAUCUUAUCACUAAUGCUUUCGGAGGAAGAUAAAGCGGCUUUGUCAGAUGCUCUCAACUAUAUCAAGAACAAAGCAAGCGCAGAUGAGUUAGAUUUAAUAAAUGAAUCAUUUAAUUUAAAAUAAACAAUUUAUUUGGAAUUAAUUAAUUAA